CGAGUGUGUAUGUAAACAUUUUGAGUUGGUUGUUUACUCUUUGGUAUAUCGCUGUCACGUAGUUGAGGAAUAAGAUUGGUCUGUGGUCGGUCCGAUGAUCCCCGUAUUCCAUAUCACUGAUCAUGCCUAUUUAAUUCGAGACUACUCAACACCUUACAGCGAAAUCACUCCUGUCGUUCGAGCUGCAACAGCAUACUAUGGAGACUGGAAGUUUAGAAGAGUUGGCAGCGAGACGGAAAAGAGUCAUCGCCAACACAAAGAUCUUAAGAACAAUGUCAGAAGAAAAACAGUUUGUUCAAGACGUUGACCAACUGACAGACAGUUUGGUAGUUUUGAAAAAGAAAUUAGAAGAUUAUCGUGAGAAGAAAAGAGUUAUUCGUUCUAAAGCGAAUGGUGUACGCCGUAAAACGACACGUUCCCUUGACGAUGUGUACGUUGAUUUUAUGUUCAGGGCAUCGGCAGCAUGUUUAGUGCUUUAUGUAGCGAUGCAUAUAUUUAGACUUAUUAUGAUCAUCGUCUUUCCACAACUACUUAUGGAAUGCGCUAUUAUUGUCCAAAACGAGACUGAUGUUCAUGAAAUAAGCAGCUUCUCAAUUGCCCAAAAAAUACUGCUGGGCUCACUGUUGUGUGACGAGUGUGGUUUCCAUAACAACGACACGUGUUCCGAUGUACUAUCGGUAUUGAAUGUUUCUGAAGGACAAUGACGUCACAAAAAUAGACAAACGUGCUAGAUAUGAUUACAAUACGUGUCGUGAAGAGUAACUAUCAUUGACACAACGUAUGUACCUACUAGGUUGUCAUAGCAACAAGGCAUAUCCGGUUGAUAAGGCGAAGGAGGCGACUAGUUAGAACAUUGUGUGAU